CAGCCCGCCCUCUCGCCGCGUCGCCGGUGCCUGAGCCGCUCGCUCCACCUCGCUUCUCCUCUCCCGGCGGAGGCCCGGGGGGACCCCCAGCGAGAAGCGGGGACCAUGUUCCGACGUAAGCUGACAGCUCUUGAUUACCACAACCCCGCCGGCUUCAACUGCAAAGAUGAAGCUGAAUUUAGAAACUUUAUUGUCUGGCUUGAAGAUCAGAAAAUAAGGCACUACAAGAUUGAAGACAGAGGAAAUUUAAGAAACAUCCACAGCAGUGACUGGCCCAAAUUCUUUGAAAAGUAUCUCAGAGAUGUUAACUGUCCUUUCAAGAUUCAGGAUCGACAAGAAGCAAUUGACUGGCUUCUUGGGUUAGCUGUUCGGCUUGAAUAUGGAGAUAAUGCUGAAAAGUACAAGGACUUAGUAGCUGAUAAUGCAAAAAAUACUGACAAUGCAACUAAAAAUGCAGAGCCAUUAGCCAAUUUGGAUGUAAAUAAUCCUGAUUUUAAGGCUGGUGUGAUGGCUUUGGCUAACCUUCUUCAGAUUCAGCGUCAUGAUGAUUACCUGGUAAUGCUUAAGGCAAUUCGCAUUUUGGUUCAGGAGCGCCUAACACAGGAUGCAGUUGCUAAAGCAAAUCAAACAAAAGAGGGACUGCCUGUUGCUUUAGACAAACAUAUUCUUGGUUUUGACACAGGAGAUGCAGUUCUUAAUGAAGCUGCUCAGAUUCUGCGACUGCUGCAUAUAGAAGAACUCAGAGAGCUACAGACAAAAAUUAAUGAAGCCAUAGUAGCUGUUCAGGCAAUUAUUGCUGAUCCAAAGACAGACCACAGACUAGGGAAAGUGGGAAGAUGAACACUUCAAGAUUUCAGCUUCUUAACCUUCUUAGUACAAUUGGGAACCAUGUAUACUUCUGGCAUGCAUUUGGAAAUCAGAUGUCACAUUUCCGAGGGAGGAUCCUGGAAAAUUGACUGUGUUAUGUAGAGAUUCACCACCAUUGCUUUGUUUCUUUUAAUAAAGUUUGGGAAAGUA